CCACCUCCUCAUUUACAAAAGCUUCCAGUAAAUGAACGCAGGAUGAAUCCCUACAUAAAUGCGCAUAUGAGCUUUGAGAAAUCUAGCACAGAACAGAUCAAUCAUCCAUUCUUGUCUGCCAAAGUAAAGUUGGAGCAUGAUGAGGCAGGUCGCUCUGCAUCUGUGACUCCUGCAGUCCAGCCUCCAGUCCCACAGAUUCACCAUCAUGGAUCUGACCCUGUUGCAAUUCCUCUUUCUCAACAGCACACUCUCCAGACUGCAUCAUUCAUUCAUCAACUGAAUCCUUACCAAUACUACUACCACCCUUAUUAUUACUAUCAGAUGUAUUACACUCCUGGAAACCAAGUUUUUCCCGCUUCAGCCCAAACUUCACCCCCUCGUCUUCAAGCAUCUACUACUCCGACUCAGCAUCUGACUCCUCCUGCACAAUCAAUGCAUGACUUUCAUAACUGGAUGCACAGUCCUUACUACUACCUCUACUACCCAUCUAAAGUGCCCAAAGAUGACAAUGAGCUACAUCCUACAGGCAGCAAAGACUCUGCAAACAAAUCCACAAAAUCUGAUUCUCAGCUUCCCUCAUACUUUGACUAUAACAUGAUGGACUGGUUUAUCCGUGCUGCUGAAGCAGGAUAUUUCAACAUCCCUCUGCCGCUUCACAGUCCUUUCCAUAGUUUAUAUUCCCAUUAUAUUCCUCAGCAGCAUCAUUAUGAUCCAUCUGGGCAAGCUGGUGGAGAUGCAAAAGAGAAUCUGGACAGUAAAAUGAGAGAUUACCUCGAGGCCCACACGUACACUCCCUCCGCCUCACCCUGUGGCCUUGGACCUGAGUCAGAUACUGAAUGCAGUGACUCUACAGUCUGCUGCUCAAACGCUGUGAAAGACUGUACAACGGGGCAGUAUUGCGUGUUUGCGGUGCCUGACUCUGUAGUGCAGCCCACAGUGGCCCCUCCUGCUCAUUCCUCUGAGGACAGUAAUGCUUCCUGCACGCUGCAGAGGCUGACCCCUGACCUUGACAUCUACUUUGUACCCCUGGAUGGCUGUGGGGUAAACAAACAUAUGUUUGGUGAGACGGUGGUUCAUCUUUUGGAUGUUCAAGGAGUUCAUUCUUACCAAGACGAUUCUGCACGCGAGAGCUCUCCUGUCAGGUUGAUGGUGGGAUGUAGUUACUCCCCAGAUUCUCCAGGUGAAGUGAGGUUUCAUGUGAUGGAUGAGCAGCCUCCUCUGCCUUUCAUUCAGCCAACGCCAGUUGCUGUCACUGUGCAACUGAGAAUUGCCAAAGAUGAAACUUUCACCAGCUACCACCCUGAGGCUCACCUCCCUCUCAGCCUCAUGCAAGGCAGACCAGUUUAUGUGGAGGUUAGCCUGAAGGACCCCCUAGAGCCCACCUUUGUGCUGCUGAUUCACUCCUGCCUGGCUUACACUGAAGCUCCAUAUCCCAGUGGGAUGCUUGUUUACGAUGGCUGCAGCAGCCUGGGGGGUUGGCAGAUGCUUCCAUCCUCAAACUCCCACAUCCGGAAGAUCAUAGUUUACAGCUUCCUCUCUCUCCCACCGAACAUGACCAAAGGAGACUCUAUCCUAGAAGACCCAGAGAUCUACUUUUUGUGCCUGACAGAAGUAUGCUCUGGUGCACACAAUGACUGCACUCUAAGAUGCCUCAAAGGUCCAAACACUGGUGUGUGAAAUAAAGACACUUUUACACAA